CAAAUGACUCACCGGGUCAAGCUUCCAGAGCCCAGGAUGGGCCACCAGAUUUUAUUAAUUUAUUUUAGAGAGAGAGUGUGUGGCACGAGAGUGGUAGGAGACGCAGGAGGUGGAAGAGAGAAUCGUGAGCCCGCACUGCCCGGAACACAGACCCUACAUGGGGCUCGAUCCCACACCAUGAGAUCAAUCCUGAGCCAAAACCAAGAGUCAGUGGCUUAACGGACUGAGCCACCAUCCAUCUCCUUGGGCAUUAGUACUGGUGCAUUCCCUGCUCUCUCCACCACCGCUGUGCUGAACACUCCUGAAAACACAUCUGUAAAAAACUGGACCAGAGUUUCCGGGGGUGAGUCUGAGGCCAAGCACUGCCAGGUGAUGGGUGCACCUGCGGCCUGGGAUAGGUGCUGCUCACUGUUCUCCCAGACAGGGGUGCCCGACACCCUUCUCUCCAGGGGACCUGCAGGGGACCCCCAUGUCCUCAGGUACCUGAGGGCAACCCGGCCCAGGAAUUCACCUUCUCUAGCAGAGAACAGAUGGGACUUCUUUCUCUGGCCAGGAAUAUGAACCUUGAUGCCGGGAAAGGAGAGCUCUUCUGGACUCCUCGCCCAGCCAGGCAGCUGUGGCCACGAUGUAUGUGAUGGAGCCACAGUGGCUGGGCCUUGGAGGGAAUGAGUGCCUUAAACCAGCCUUGCGCAGGGAAUGCGGGAGCAACAGAGCAGUGAUGUGUGCGGAAGGAAGGAAGCUGGGGUGGAGCCUUCCAAGCCACACCACAGUCUCUCCCUUGGUCCUGAAACCAGCAGGAAGGGAGCUCCAAGGGCAGAGACCAGACUCCAGGAGGAUUCCCAUCCAGGGAAAGGGGGCCCACUGGAGGGCACGGAAGCAGCCAGCCCCACCAACCCGCAGGAUCGGUGCACAGGAUCACCUCCCUUCCCUUCCCUUCCCUUCCGCGCUUCCUUAGCACAUUGUCCGUCUCAUGUGUGGACAGUGACUGGCCCACUCAGUGCAGGUGCACUUCCAGAGGCAGACUAGAAACCUUUCAGUGCUUGCUCAUGGAUCAGAGGACCACUGCCCAGAGAAGCAGAGAAUGUCCCUCUUCCUCUGGAGCUGGGGAAGGCAUCCACCGUCCUGGAGCAGGACCGGGUCCAGGAGUGUGUUCUUUCUGAAGCCCCAGCCUACGGUGGGCGUUGCUAUGCCUGAGAAAGGCCCCCUCAGCCCCCGAGUCAGGAGCAGUGAGGGGCUGUCUCCAACCCUGGCCCAGGAUCACGACCCGAAACCAUCCUGUCUUUGGGAGCACAGGUCUCCUUCAGGAGGCAGGGAGGGGACUGGCCCCUCUCCCCUCCCCAGGUCCAGGACGCCCGGGACCUGCAAGAGCUCUUCAUUUGAGGAGGAGUCAUGGAGAGCAAGUGUGUCUCGUCAGCCCAGCAAGUGAAAGAACCAAACCCCAACGCUCAGGUUCUAACAGAAGCAGAAUUUCAAUGUACUGUUUGGGGGCAGCCUCCUCCCCUCUUACAUGGCCUUGGGGGACCCCAAGGGAAGUCUUCUUUGUUCUCCUUCCCUGAGAGAGAGGAGCUGGCCCUGUGUCAUGGGGUCCCCACCGUGUCCCACUGCUGAGGAAGAGCCACACACAGGGGCCCUGGUGUCAGGAGUGUGGUCAGCCACUGCUCCUGGGCUCCCAGCCAGGGGCCUGGUGGCUGCAUGGAAGGGCUGGAUUGCUUUUGGGGGGAGGGGUGCUCACUGGUGACACCGCUCACCAUCCCCCUCUGCACUCUGCAAUCCAGGCUCUGUGCCCAGCUUAUGUCGAUCACCAGCACGCCACAUGUUCCUGCCAUGGGAGGGAUCAUUCAGCAUCACCCCAUUGCACAGAGGAGGAGAGCGAGGCCCAGAGAGGGGAGGUAAAUGGCUCCAGUACCAGGGCUGGUCAGCAGAGAAGCUGGAAGGCCAGCCCUCCAGAGCCCCUGCUAGACCAGCCAGGGACUCCCUGAGUUGAAAGCGAGCCCUCGCCUGCCUAACCAGCCACGCGCUGGCCCCUGACCUUCAUGAUGGCCUGUUCUUGACCCUGAAGGUGAGCUGGCCAACUAGGAGGGGGAGUCCAGCUGGUGGGACAGGCUGUAGCUACAGGACAGAGUGACACGUCUGAGCUAGCAGGGAGCCACACUCUGGUCUCCCUCCCGGAGCCUGCCCGGGAGCUGGAAUCUGGGUGCCCUAGGGGCCAGCACGCAACAGGGUCUGUGCUGACCAGGGAGCCAUGGCCCCCACGGAGAAUCCACUCUGCCCUCUCCCCACCCCUGCCCGGCCUCGCCUCUCCUCACUGUGGGGCUCCGGGACCCGGAACCAGGCCCCAUAGGGAUGGCUUGGCUCCAGCUUGUAAUGAUUUCGCAGCCCCCGGAGCCCCUGGAUUUCCUGGGGCCGGAGGGGGAGGACUGGCUUGGACAAGGACUGGGCUGGGGAGGAUGCAGGGCCUGUGGAGAGUGAAGGCUGGGGCAGGGGCCGAGUCCUGGGGCCACUGCUCAUGUCUAAAAAGGGCUGAAAUCCCUGAAUGCCCACGGGGUCCCUCAUUACAGUAACGACCCCCUUCACACUCGGGCAUCCUGCUGGUGGGCCCCGCCUCCCCAGCCUCCUUCCCGCCCCUCUGACUCCAGCCGGGGCUGCAGCCAGGGACAGGCUGGACCUCUGUCCCGGGUCCUGCCAGGAAGACAAGGCAGAAGGAGGAGAGGAGAAGGGGAAGGGGCGGACUGAUCUUCUCCCUGCCCUGAGUCGGCCUCCACUGAUGCCUCCAGGUCCUCUGGCCCAGCCCUGCACUUAGCUGGACCCUGAGAGGGAGUCUGCAUUCCAGGCCAGCUGGGUGGGAGGGGUAGUCAAUGACCUGUGCUUCCCCAGAUGUCCUACCCACCUGGCCUUGCACCCUAAGGCCUGCCGCCCAGGGUGGGCAUGGUUGCGGGGCCCAGGGGACUUUCGGGCCACAGAGCAGUUGGCUGUGGUGAGGGAACGUGGGGGACCGGUCAGGUGCAGAGCCAUGGGUCUCGUGUACGUCUGCCGCAGGGCUGGGUCACUGUACAGGUGCUGUGUGCAGGUCCCCUUUGCAUACCCGGCCAUGACACCUGGCUGGCCCUCUCGGUGGGGAGGCCUGUGUGCCUGGUGCACCUGUCCCCCAUCUACCCCUGGAGGAGCGGCCACGUUCAAGCGUUUCCAUGUCCAACCCUCAGGGACAGUUAGGAACCUGGGUCAAGAGAGUCAGGGACUGGCCCAAGACAAAUGAGGGGUGCAGAGCCCAAGGAGCAGGGCUGCUCUCCAGUCCUAGGCCAGCCCCAACCCUCCCAUGAGGUUCGCUUUGGGGGUGAGAGCCCCUCAGAUCCUCGGGGAUAGCUACCCACCCACCCCGUCCCAUGUGGGGACAUGACCUUGGGCAUCCCCAGGCGCGUAGAGGCAUGCACACCUGCACACCCACCCCCACACACACACCACUGACUGCCCAGCUGGGGGUCAGAAGGGGAGGACACCCUGGGAGCGAGGUGGGGGACAAGGGGGAAAGAAGAAUGAGAUUGGAGACAGCUGGGCCAUGGGGCAGGGGCAUCAGGAGACAGGCCAGGCUGAAGGUCAGGGGUCCCCAAGGGGCCCACGGAGGCUGCCAGGGCACUGGGAGAGGACAGAGCCUGGGUUCCAGUGUCCAUCACCACCCUGGGCACUUGGAAGUAGGAAGAGAUACCCACCCCCAAGUCCAGAAGGGCUACAGCACAAAAGGCCUCAGCUUACUCUUCUGUCACUUGGGCUGUAGAGAUGCGGUGUCCCUAGGGUCCCACAGGCUUGUAGAAGAGCCUGUUGGCCUUGGAUCUCCAUCCCCGACCCACUGUGCUCCCAGUCCUGGGAAAAUGCUUUGUACUCCCUCGAGGUCCUUCUGAGCAGAGGACAGCCUGGGGGCUUGGGGGGCUGAGGACCUGGGUACGCAGAACGUGGCAGAGCACUGGACCACCGGUCUGGAGACCAAGGUCAGGGCCCUCCUUGUUGCAGCCUCAGGGUCCCCGUUUGGAAGAGGUUCUAGAGUCACUGCUCUGGUCAGGGUGAGGAGGCCUUAGGAAGGAACGGAGCACCAGGACCGGAGAGGGAAACAGGGACAAGGGAGGCUUCUGAGGCUUCUCACGUGGCCCCCGGAGCCUGCAGAUCCUGCUCCGCUGAGAGACACAGAGACAGAGACAGAGAAGGAGACAGAGAAUGAACACAGGAGAGAGGGAACCAGGAGAAGUCACAGACUUUCCUCCAUCAGCUUGGAAAUGACAUCCCAGCAUUUUGCCCCAUUCUAUUCCUGAGAGCGCAGUCAACACAGGCCAUCCACCCUGGAGGGGAGGGGAUUCCACAGGGAUGUGUGACCAGGAUUCGGGGAUGCCGGGAGCCACUGUGGGGACUGCCCAGCACACGGGCACAGACGAGGCCCUGGGACCUGAGCCUAACCCUACUGGGAGCCCCUGGAAGUCUGUGCUGUGCGAGGACAAGACAGCCCCCUGCCCAGCUCAUUUUGUUGGAGAUCCUCAAACCAAGAUGUUCACAUGCUGCCUGCCGAAGUCCAGAGGUUGCAGGCUGAAGAAAGCGCGCCCUGCAGACGCUGUCCCCCGCUGGGGAUUUUGUGUCAGGGCUCCCCACCGCCUCUGGCCAUUUGGCCAGAAGGACAGAAAGAAGUCAAUGGAUGACAUGGAGAGGUGGCUGGUGGACACACCCUCCAUCUCCUGGACAGAGGGGUUGACCCCACAGGGGUCCCUAGGAGCAGGUGCUGGGGAUUGCCAAAGAAGGCCUCCGACACCACCCAGACCACUGUCCCAGGUGGUUGUCCACCGGACAGUGGUCCAGGAGCUGGAGCCCACAGAGGCCGAGCCCGAGGCUGCUCCACCACCUGAGGAGCUAGAGCCGGCUCCAACUCCAUCAACAGCUCUGGAGGGAAGAGGGAGUGACUGCAGCGACUUCAGGAGGAGACCAGGAGCCGGCAGGUGACCCGGCACCCGCCCACGGAGAGCCUGACGCAAACCAGGAAGAACAGGCACCUGCUCCUGCCCCAGCCCCUGCCCCUGCUACAGUUCCUGCCGCUCCCCUGCCCCUGUCCCUGGCCCUGCUCUCACACCCGGCCCUGCCCCUAUCCUAACCCCUGCCCCUACUCCUGCUCCUGCAGGGAUCCCACAGCCACACCCAGAGCCCACAGCCCUGCAGGGAGAGCUCCCUGUACAAUUACCCUUAGUUCCAUCACCGGACCCCGACGCCCCGCCAGAUUGUUUCGUCCCCUCCCCCUAUGUUCUUACUCUCUGGUUCAUAUUAACUGUUAUUUUAUCUUUUCAU